AUGCAUCCACAUGGAGGAGAUUCUGAUCGAAGACCACCACCAUUUCAUAAUGGUACAUUUUUUCAUAAUGGAACUUUUCCAUCAUCUAUGAAUGAUACUGAUCAUGAACGUAAUGGUUUACGACCACAUCAUGGCAAUAGAACUGAAGGAAAUAUGACAUUAAUGCCAGAUGGUUUCUUUUCUCAUCCACCCCGUGAACAUGGAGGUAAUGGUGGUCGCCGUCCAGAAAGAUCUGGUUGA